AUGCCAACCAUGUGGCUGUCCGACAAUCAGAAGAUAGGAGUCAUCUUCUGCUCCGCCGGAGCACUAUUCCUCUUCGGCGGAGUCCUCAUGUUCUUCGAUCGCUCACUACUUGCCAUGGGCAACAUCCUCUUCCUCAUCGGCCUCACCCUCAUCAUCGGCGUCGAAAAGACCUUCGCCUUCUUCUCGCGCCGCCAGAAACUCAAGGGCACCGCCGCCUUCGUCGCCGGCAUCCUGCUCAUCCUCCUCCGCUGGCCGCUCACGGGCUUCAUCAUCGAGCUGUACGGGCUGUUCAUCCUCUUCGGCGACUUCCUGGUGACCAUCGGCCAGUUCGCGGGGAAUAUCCCCGUCGUGGGGCCGUACAUCAGGACGGCGUUGGAGGCGCUGGCCGGCGGCCGGCGGAAUGCCGAGUUGCCGGUAUAA